AUGGACCGAUCCAAGAACGCGCGAGCACCCAACAGCGCAGGGCAACGGCGCCGCGAGAACGAGUCAACAGAGACAGUUCAACGACAGCAGCCAGAGAAAACGCCCAUCAUGGGACAGGUUCGGUCGCACAAAUGGCUCUCACAGCAACGAGAGACUACUACCGAAGCAGCACUAUGCCCAUGCGUAGUGUAUGCUCGCACCGCGGAGAGACUCGAGCGAGCUGCCUACGGCGAGGAUCCCUUGACUCCACCAUCAAGUGGCUGCAGCAGUCCAUGUUGGUCGUGUUUCCUGAGCUCUAUGAUAUGCAACUGGAAGAGGCCGCUUAGCAACCAACGUGGUGACAUUCGAAACCGCUAUGCCAUCACGGGUAGCGCGGAUGACGACGAACUUCAUGCCUGUGCCCACCCAUUCUGGACUCUAAUGGGGAAUCACAACGAAGUCUUGGUACGAGAAAGGAUUUGUAAGAGGUUCAACACCUAUCCUUUUUCCCCGGGACCUCCGCCAGUUGAGAUUCGCCGCUUCAAGGCUCAGCCGAAUCACCCGUAUAAGUCGCCUGCGCAAAUGCAAAUGAAGGACAAGAGCCUGCCGAGAAUCGUCGAGUUGCCAGAAUCUGGCUGUACAACGGGGAGAUCAAUGCCAGAGAAUCUUCAGCCGACGAAGACUAGCCCGGAGACCAGUUCCCAGCAACCGCCUCUUGCUACAAGUAGCAAACGUAAAGACACUCCUGUGAGAACUCCGGACACCCAGCAAAGUCAAAGUCCGACUUUGAGUUCACAAGAUCCUCGCGUCACAGUGGCUGACUUUGCCGAGCCCCAUCGGCUCAGUCAUGACCAGAAAAGGCCAGUUGGAGCCAAACAGUUUCCACAUACUGUUCACAAUGACCCUCUCUUUGGAAUUGCCGAGGAGAUUCAUCCGCAUACUGUCCACGAGGAUCCCAUGGUCCAAGUGGCCCGACGGCUCUCCCCCCAUCAGAUUAAUAUAGAUUCGAAAACAGCGGCACCGACUACCCGCCUUCCUCACAACGUUGAACAGGAUCCUACAGUCAACGUGGCCGGAGAGCCAACGCAACAUUCGGUACACAAUGACUUGACUACCAAGAUGGCAGGUCCUGUUCACGAUCAUAGGCUUAGCCAGGACAUCAUAGCGCCCGUGAGCACGCAAGCCGUCCCCCACAGUGUCCACGACGACCAGACGGUGGGUAUGCAGGGGCCCGGCCAGCCAGCUUCGCACCCUCUCAGUGGAGAUCCCACGGUCAAGGUUGAUAAAGGCGAACCAAAGCAACAUGCAAUGCACUCUAGCGCAGCAACCCUGGCCCCCGAGAACAAGAAGCCGACCCCACACCCAUUAAUAGGAGACAUUGGCCGUUCUUCGACAGCUCCGGCCCCGUUGGAAAUAACGCGCAGCUGA